UGUUCGACGAGGUUAUGGACUUCGAGUAGUGAGUGAGUUUGCGGACAGACGCAAGUGUUGUUGAUAUUGUGGUGGUGUUUUGGGGGCACGGCUUUGCCGGCCGCAUCAACAUUACAAUGGCCCCUGCAACAGCGGCAGCUAGGGCGCUUGCAUAUCAUGAUGAUGGUAUGUACGUGUUUGACAAGAAAUUUUUGAUGUGCAAAUUUUGCGACAAGAGAGUUGACCAUGAGCGCAAGAGCACCAUUGACAAUCACAUCAAGGCGGAUUUGCACAAAAACAACAGGAAAAAAGUUGAGGCUGAGGCGGCUGCGAAGAAAAAAAGGCAGGCAUCUAUUUCGGAAAGUAUGAGUAAUGCCAAGAAGGUAAAGGAAGAUAGAGAAGAGUUCAUUAAGUCGACAGUGCGAGCGUUUGUUAACGCUAACAUACCACUAGAAAAGCUUGACAAGCCUGAAAUGAGGAAGUGGUUCAAGAAAUACGUUCCUGGUUCCGGUGAUUUGCCGAGUGCUCAGCAGCUUCGAGACAAAUAUGUUCCCCUUUUGAAAGAAGAAUACGACGAUUAUCUCAAAGAUAAAGUGAAGGGAAAGAAAAUUGUUGUGCUGUGUGACGAAACAACGAAUAGGAGAGGCCAGGCGGUUUUCCUAACCCUCUUCAAGGUGCUACCCUCUAAAGAGAAUCCUACAUCCCAACUGUUUGUGGCUUCAGUGAAAAUUCUUGAGAAUGCCAAUGCAGACGAAUGUUCAAAGGCAAUACUGCAGACUGUUCAACACUAUGAAGUUGCCCAUCUGAACAUAGUGGCCAUCGGUUCGGACAGUGCUGCCUACAUGAACUUGUGUAUUCGUCUUCUCAGGACACUCCUUGAUAAUCCUGGUUUGAUACACCUGCAGUGUUGGGCCCACAAGUUGGAUAAGGUUGUGAAAAUUUUCCCUGAGAAACUGUAUAGACUUAAUGAAUGUGUGUCCAAUACUAAGAAACUUUUCAAAAACACCCGAAAAAGGAAACACAGAUAUGUUACUUUUUUAAAAGAAAAGUAUUCUUUUUCUAGAGCUAAAGAAGUGAAACAAUUUCCAUUACCUGUCAUGACCAGAUGGGGAACAUGGAAAAAAUCUGUUGUGUAUUUGUCUGAAUAUGUUGAUGAUGUAGCUGAAUAUGUGAAAAAGCAGUUGACUGGGAAGAAGAAUGAAACAAAAGCUGUAAAAUAUUUUUUGAAAUUGAAACCUGAGGACCUGUUAAUAAUUAAUAGUCCUGGCGACUAUAAGGCAGAGGCAAAAUUUGUUGUAGAUUAUUGUGGCCCUGUUUGUGAUUUGCAGCUGCUAGUAGAGGGUUCUAAAUAUCCAAUGUCUCACUUAUUGUAUGCUAAGGUAAAAGAGCUGAGUGUGACUAUGUCAAGUGUGGCAAAAGCCGGGGAUAGUUCUAAAGACAUCAAGUCUGUUUUACUUGAGAAGACAAAAGCAUGUGUUGAUUUAGUUCCUUCCUCUAAACAAAAAACAUUGCUUGAAAGAAUUAAGCAGGUGUGUGUCUCUUGUGAUGACCUGUUGCAAUCUCAGAUGAAAGAUGACACUGCUAGAGAAUUUUUUGAGUCAUCUAGGCUGCUCUUUAAUCCCAUUAAGUUAGCUGCUUCUCUUUCUCAUGAAAAGAUUUCACAGGCAAAAGAGAAAAUUAAAAUUUUGGAUUCCAUUCCAACAAACUGUUUUGUAAUUUGGCAUUCAUUACUUUCUGACCAUGUAAAGGAAAAUAAUGCUAAUGCUGAUCCUAUGAAAAAAGUGCCUCAUAGGGAGGACCUUGUUGUAAAUGCUUUGAAUUCUAUGAUGAAAGACCACAGUGACUUUGCUAUUUCUUGUUUGCAAGUACUACAUGUGAGUGUGGCAAAUGUUGACAGUGAAAGGGGUUUCAGUGCAUAUGGUGACAUAUUUUCUCCCAAAAGAACAAAUUUGGCUAAUGAGAAGGCAGAAGCUAUGAUGUGCAUUUAUUUCUGUAAUGGAGUUGACUUGAAUAAUAAUGAUAAGUGUUCUGAGCAAGUUGAUGAUGGCGAUGAUUAUGAUCAAAAUGCACAAAAUAUAGUGGACGGUGCAGGUGUGGCUGGUGGCGGUGGUGCAGGCACCCACUCUGUGUAUUAUAAUGAUGCUGAGGACAUGGCAUGGAAUAAUGAUUAA